AUGUCCUCUUCGUCCUCUUCCACCACCGGGAGCGGAUUGUUCCGACGUUCGUCCGCGCCACAAGCCCACCCCAGGCAUGCACCACACCAAGACACACCGGCCCCGGAGGAUAGUUCAAUCAGUAAAAGUGGCGGGAACACACCGCCGCACCCAAUUUCGUCGAUGGGCAUGAAAGCGAAAAAGGAGUGUUUUGUAUUUGAACCGCAACAAUGGCGCCGUACUGUAUGCAAAAAUUGUUUCCGUAGUGAACCUGAGCACAAACAGUCAGCGAACACAAAAGACGAUGCCACCGGUGGACCAGUUGUUGUGCUGCGUCGAACAGAAAAUGUGGUCCAAACGCCCGAUCCCACCACGACUGUUCCGGGUCAGGGUGAUAACGCAUCUGGGGAUAUCAAAUCACAGGAAGUGAAAACAGAACGGGAGAUUGGAAAGAAUACUACCAACUCAACAAAUGCUGCAAGAGCUGCCGCACGGAAAACCGCUUCCACGCAGGGACGCACCGCGGAUGAAGCACGCCAAGGCGGGACGCAUUCGGAAUCGCGACGCGCCGGUGCUCAGAAUGCUGGUGCCAACGGAUCGGGCGCCGCUGUGCAUUCCUCUGCGUCCAGUAUCGAUGCACGAUACAUUGAAGAAUUGGAGAACGAUUUCUUUGCCCUGGAAGACAAACACGAAGCUGUCGUGCGAGAACGAAAUGAGCUGACUACAGAACUGGAAGCAAAAGUACGUUCCGUCACGGAACUACAAACCACACUGGAACAGUACAAAGAGAAAGUUUCCUUCCUCGAACGACGGUGUCUGCAUCUGGAAGAGGAAGUCAAAGGUUAUCGUGAACGGCUUCGGUUGCCGGAGAGUGACCAAAGUCAUCAGCCGGUCAGUACAGAGACGCGAAGUGAAAGUCCCUCGGCGACAGCAGCAGGUGGUGGCGGUGGUGGUGGUGGUGGUCUGUCGGAGAUCACAUGCAGCACGGAGUUGCAACAACGUUUGAACGAGGUAGAACAAUUGUGUCAGGAAGUGAUGGAAGAGAAUGAACAACUGAAAGAGGAGGUGGAAGAAAUGCAACGGGAAAUUGAAGAGAUGCAUGAUCACUUCCAGGAAGACGAUCGAGACACUAUGCGCGAACUGCAGCGGGAUCUGGAGGCAGCUAAUAAAACGUGUCGCAUUUUACAGUUCAAGCUACGCAAAGCCGAGCGACGGUUUGAACAAUGUGAAGCAGAACGAGCCAAUCUGGAAGAGCGUUUGGCUCGAUUGGAGGCUGAACUGUACAGCGAAGCCGAUGUGGCUCAUAUUCGUAAUCUGGAGGUGGGUCAUCAGACAAGACUGCUUUACGUGCCACUCCCAACCCCUUCCGGAGGAAAUUCGGGNCGGGUGGCGAAAGAAGUUGGCGUGCGCCUGAACAACGAAUUGGACAUACUGGAUGAGAAACGCGCUUAUUUCGAACAGGAGAAUAGACAACUGAAAGAAGAGCUACAAAGCAGUCAGAAUCGUCGAAUUCAAGUGGAAAAUGAAUUGGGGCGCGUCAAACUAGAGAUGGACAAAUUGAAAACAGAGAAAGGUAUUUUAGACAAGGGACCAUUGCAGGUUACAGACAAAAAUCGGUCCCGUCAGUCAGGCAGUCGACCAUCUCUUUCGCGCGAGGCCUCAUUUGAAGAACAACAACUACAGCGCGAACUGGACGCGUCCCGAGAACGUGAAACCGAUUUGUCCGAACAGCUACGAUUUGCAGAAGAGGAGAUUCGCAAACUGAAACGCCGCGUCAAAGAUUCCCAGGUUGAAAAUGAAAUGCUCUCCAAAAAGAUGGAUCGAAUUUUGGCCACACAGCCUCCAGAUCCAUACCAACCCGGUUCUCUCGGACGUCAAUCAAACACAAGUGCAGCCCAGGGCAGUUCAAAACCCGGUCUCCGAGAAGGCAGUGGUCCCGGUGAUGUACGGUCACCUCCAGGACAGCUAGAGAACGAACUAGUCAUGACACGUCGACAGUUGGACAUUGCGGAAGAGGAGAAUCUGGCGUUGCGUCGUAAAGUAUUAAACUACGAGCGGGAACUAAAUAUGGCACAUGUGGAAUUACAGCGAAUACAAACCCGAUCUGCUAGAGGAAUACCGAUGGACCGGUUGGAGAGUGAAAAUCGUCGUCUGCGUGCACAGACCCCGGUUACUGGUAAGACCAACGCUUCCGAAGACACUGAGGAGACCACGAUCGAUCGACUGACCAAACAGAACGAGACGCUGACUCAACGCAUCAAGGAGUGGAACAAGCGCCUAAGGCAACUCACACGUGAAGUCAAUCUGGUCGGUUCGAUUGAACGUGAACACGAGUGGAUGGAAAAGUACAACGACGCACGUGAAUCGCUAAAAGAGCAGGAGACUCAGCUUCUGCGAGCGAAGAAACGUGUUGCUGAACUCCAGGAUGAAAAUGCACGAUUGAGAGCCGAGGAACGUAAAAUCGAACAACGAACCCGUCGAGAACGUGAAAAAAGUGGCAAUGUAAACAACAUGACACGCGAAGUGAUGAUGCAAGAAAUUAGCGCAUUAGAAGAAGAGCUCGAUGAGGUGACAGCUGAUUUGACAGCCGCUCGUGAACAAGCAUGCACAGCACAACUUCGAGUAACUUUCCUGGAGGACACAACCGGGGAACUUCGAACCGAGUCGGAACGACGGGAACGCGAGUUGAUGACAUAUAUCGGUCAUCUGGAAAGCAAAAACCAUGUGGUUAACAAAUUAUUGGAAAUACUGCAAGAACGUACAGACAGCCUGCAAACAGACCUUGAUCGAUUCUUGGGCAUACCACCCAACGGGGACAGUAUGGAAUUGAGUGCAGAAAGUCGCACCAGCACAUUCAGUACGGUGAGCGCUGGAAGCGAUGAUGUAUUCGACGACCAAACGGAGACGGGUAAAGCUGCUUUGGAUGUUGAGCGUCAGCUCAGAAACCGGGUUUCACACCUGGAACGAUUAGUAAAAGAAGAGCGUCGCAGAACAGAAACAGCAGAAACCCAGCUGCAGCAGGCAUUGAAGGAUCAAUCGACGGCCGUCCUCAACGCAGACGGACAACUGAAAUCAAGGCAGCUGGAACUAUUAAAGAAAGAAUUGGAAGAAAAAGACGAACUGAUCGAGACACGGGAUGAGCAGCUAGCCGAUCUCAAAUCACGUGUUGACCAGGCUCGAAAAAUGAACGAUGCAUUGCGAUCGCUGAUGGAAAAGGAUCCCAGCACAGAGCGAGUGAGUUGCCGAUUCCCUUACGUCGCAUAA